AUGACCUACAUACAUGUGUGAAAAGAAAGGUAAACACAACGAAAGAGUGUACUGGAUUUGGAAAGCAAAGUACUGUAGAAGUUUAGAAGAACUUGCAUCCGUUGUCAGUUCUAUGUAACCUAAUAAAAUAUAUUCGUUUAUAAAACAGCCCAGAGAUUCAACAGAUGGAAUUAACAGUUCAAGAACAUCGGUUACACAUUUGCAGUAUUGCACGGGAAAAUGCAUCAAUCUUGUCCCAUCCAAUCCUGAAACUCAUACUUGCUCGGUCUUCUUUCAAAUGUAAAUAUUUCUGCCUGACUGUGACUCCAGAUGAUAUCACAUUAGUACUUGAUGAAGAUGGUUACAAGGAGUUGCCGGAGGAUGUAACCGUCUCGUCACAAUGUAGUCUGUGGGUUGCCAUGCAUGCUACUUGUGAAGCUUCGGAAGGAGGACCGUGCAUGAACAAGUUGACCAAAUACGUCAUUUUACCGUUGGCAGAUAGUGAAAUCUCUGUCUUUAACAUCUCCACCUUCCAAGAUGACUUCAUCCUGAUUAAGGAGAGUGAUUUAGAGAAGGCUGUGGCAUGCCUUUCACGUUCAAAUCAAGUUACUGUUAUAAGAAGAGGUGAACAAUUAAGUUCAAGUGAUCAGAGCAAACAAAAAGAAACACAAGAUGAAUUAUUUAGUCAAUCACCCCGACCAAUCAAACAUCCCUUUCAGUCACCUAGCAACAGAUUCCUGAUAACCAGUAUGCAUCUCAAAGACCUACGGCAUGUUACAGCACCAAUUAUGGAGCUAAUAUUAUUUCCAGAGAGCAUUCACAGUUCGAGUAAAGAGGACAAAAUAUAUUUCUUUUCGUUUUCAAUCAUUCAUGACCAAAUUUCACUGGUGCUAGAUGAAGAGGCUUAUACCAGGUUUCUGAGGUACAUAUAG